AUGUCAUCAAAUACUCAUCAAUCAAAAAAUAAAAAGCAACGGCGUAAAAAUGCUCGAGUUGCUCUACAACAGACACACCCACCUGAUAGUGAACAUGCUGAAGUUGAUUUAACUCAGGAAAUAUUAUCAACCGAGCAGAAGCAUGUAGAGACGACUGAUGUAGUCUUGAAACCCGAGACAAUACAACAACUCUCUCUUAUCACUGAUAGCCCAGUUGAGGAUAAAGCUCUAGCAGUAGUUUCGAAAUCUGAGGCAAGCUCAAAUGGAGCGGUAGCAGCGGCUGUGAUAGUUGACAAUGAGAAGAACGACUGUAUGCCAAAUGAGGAAAUGUUAUCGAGUUCACCUCGUCCAACACCCCCAACAGUCAGACGUCGUAUGAAACGUAAUCCAAUUGUAUCGGCCAUUCCAUUGUUACCUCCAAUUGAAAACAGCACUGGUCCACCACCGAAGCCAGCUCCCGGCACACUAGGCACUCCAACACAAGUCUAUGUUAAUCAUUUUCCGGUUAGCGUAGCACCAAAUAUAAUACUAUAUCAAUAUGAUGCUGUCGUAGAGAAGCCAAAUUUUCGGUCGCCAAACAUUUGGGAAGAAGUGCCAAGUCGUGAUCACCGUCGACGAUUUGUGGAAAAACUAGCUAAGAACAACGCAUUUGAUUUUACAUACUGGUAUGAUGAAGGUAAAUGUUUCUACUCAACAACCAAUAUAAGUAAACGCCAAUUUCCAUUAAUAUACACCCUUCCACCCGAUCAAAAUGAGAAUCUUCGUCUAUGUGUUCUUAAAUUAGCUGGUCAAUGGUCGACAGCAACAAUAACUGAUUAUCUUCGGUCGCCUAAUUCUGAUGUUCCAGCAAGUGCUGUUCGUAUACUAGAGACUUUACUCAAACAAGCUCUAUUACCCAUUAGUCACUGUGAAGGUUCAUUAUUCUAUCGAAAUGAACCUAAGCCAGACGUAAGUUUGCCAGAUGGUUUUGAAUUACGGUUAGGAUUUUUUCAAGCAUUAUGUUUAACACAAGCAGGAUUAACUCUUAAUUUGCAAACAACAUUAACUAAAUUCUAUCCCUAUGUCGAUGUACUUGAUUUUAUUGAAGUACAUUUAAACAAAGAUAUUCGAAAGUAUGGAAUGACAAUUAAUGAUUAUGAAAAAGUUAAAAUAGCAUUGCGAGGUUGUAAAAUAACUACAAGACAAUCGAAUUAUACACAGAUUUAUCAAAUUCGAAGUUUCUCUGAUGUACCCGAACGGCAGGUAUUUGAUUUUACGAAAGAAACCCAUGUGAACGGACAAAAUCUUAGUUCAUCUAUUAAAUAUAAUCUUAUUGAAUAUUACAAGUAUGAAAAGAAAAUCAAACUAGAUUAUCCAAAAUUACGUUGUUUGCAAUGUUAUUUUUUGCACGAACGACAUGAUCCAAAACAUUUACCAAUAGAACUCUGCCGAAUUCUUCAAUGGCAAGAAUGUGAACGUGAGUCUGCCUCGGAACAACGUAACCGGCAAAGCCAUUCAAUUCCAACACCUGAGCAACGUUAUAGAGAUAUAAUGUCAUCACUUAAAUCAUGUCAAUAUCGUGCACCACCAACAUUACCACUGUGUAAGGCUGUUCAAUUGUCAGUAGAUGAUAAAGAAAUGAAGUUAAUUAAAGCUCGAAUUCUUGAUCCUCCAGUAAUUAAUAAUAAUAAUGCUGAAAUUACGAUGGGUCGAAUAAAUUUAAAAGGAAGAUUUGUUGCACCGUUUAAAAUUACAUCAAUUACAUUUGUGUAUUUUGGUCCAAUAGUAUCCCCAUUACCUGCACCAAAAAAAGAAUUAAUGGAAAAAUUUGUAACUUCUUUUAACAAAAUGGCUACAGCAUUUCGUUUAGGACCAAUUCAGACUUGCACGAAAGACGUUGUUCACAUAGUAGAGAAUGAAGAAAAUCAUGAUAAGAAUUUAGCUGCUAUUAACACUUGUUUUUCGAGAAGAGAAAAGCAAAAAUGUCAACUAGUUGUCUGCAUUAUGGAUAGUAGCUGGAAUGAAUUACGAGCUAAUAUUAAACAAAAUGGAACUGUUACAUAUGGUAUAGCAACGCAAUGUUUAUUAUAUUCCAAACUUCAAGAACAAAUGGAUAAAUUUCAGCGUAGACCACGUGGUCAUCCUGAUCGUAUAUUAGAUAACAUGUGCGAGAAUUUAUUACGAAAAAUUAAUUUUAAAUUGCAAGGUAUUAAUACACAAGUUGACUUACAUAUCAAAACAAUUGCUAGCAGUGGCGUUGCAUCAGCGAAGCCAAAGAAGGAAGAUGCAUGGCAAUUUAUGGGUGCUGAUGUUAUUCAUCCUGUAUGUCGCCAAGAUAAACCAUCAAUUGCGGCCGUUGUUGGUUCAGGUGAUUCAAUAUGUUCAACAAGUGCUGUUCGAGUUUGUAAACAAUGGCCGAAAACUGGUAAAUGUGCUAUUGAAGCUAUUAUCGACUUGCGACAGAUGGUAGGUGAGCUAUUGGAAUAUUAUCGGGGAUCGAACGACGAUCGAUUACCAAAUAAAAUUGUCUUCUAUAGAGAUGGAGUGGACGAUGGGCAAUUUGCACGUGUUCUUAAUUUUGAAAUUCCACAGAUAAAAGAAGCUUUUAAAGAUGUCUAUGAAAAUCAACCAUUACCAUUGUUGACUUUUAUUGUUGUAAAAAAGCGUCACCACACACGAUUUUUCAUAGUGAAUGAUCGAAAUGAAACAGCUAACAUUUCUCCUGGACUUGUUGUUGAUACAGAUGUUGUACAUCCUGGUCAAUUUAGUUUUUUUCUCAAUUCCCAUAAAGCACUUCAAGGCACAAAUCGUCCAGCACUUUAUCAUGUUCUUUAUGAUGAAAUCAAAUUUACUGCCGAUGAAUUACAAUUAUUAACUUAUUAUUUAUGUUUUACUGAUCCACGUUCAUCAACAAGUGAGGCUAUUCCAUCGCUUAUUCAUCAAGCUGAUUUAGCUGCAAGUAACGCCAGGGAUCUUUUUCCUGAAACUGAUACUUCAACAACUGAUGGUUAUGCAGCUGAUGCACUUGAAGAACCAACACUUAUCGAUGUUGCUACAGAACAUUUACGUGUCCAUGAAAAUAUGCGUGAUACGCCUCAUUUCGGAUAA